AUGAUAGGGUUUGACGGUCUGGGGCUGGAGGACACAGAGAGUGUUAUCAGCCAGGUUGUUGUUAUUGUGGCCUCCAGUAUUAUGGCUCCUAUAGUGGUUCUCCUGCAGUAUUACUUUGGCUCUUCCAGUGUUUGCUUCAUUGUGGCCUCCAGUAUAUUGUGGCCUCCAGUGCUUAUUGUGGCUCUCAUUGUUAUUGUGGCUCUUAAGAGUGUUAUUGUGUCUCAAGUGUUGUCAGGCCUCAGUGUUAUUGUGCUCCUCCGUGUUACUGUGGCUCCUCCAGGAAGCACCAGGCCUCCAUCUUCACCUAGGGAAGCACCAGGCCCUCCAUCUCACCUAGGGGCACCAGACCACCCAUAUCCGCAGGAAGCACCAGACCACCCAUAUCCACCCAGGAAGCACCAGACCUCCAUCCACCCAGGAAGCACCAGGCCUCCAUCUCCACCCAGGGAAGCCCAUAUCCAUCUCAGGAAGCACCAGACCACCCAUAUCCACCCAGGGAAGCACCAGACCUCCAUCUCCACCCAGGGAAGCACCAGGCCCUCCAUCUCCACCCCACCAGGAAGCAGGAAGCACCAGGCCCUCCAUCUCCACCCAGGGGGCACCAGGCCCUCCAUCUCCACCCAGGAAGCACCAGGCCCAUCCAUCACCUGGAACCACCAGACCACCCAUAUCCACCCAGGGAAGCACCAGGCCCCUCCAUCUCCACCCAGGGAAGCACCAGACCCUCCAUCUCCACCCAGGGAAGCACCAGGCCACCCAUAUCCACCCAGGGAAGCACCAGACCCUCCAUCUCCACCCAGGGAAGCACCAGGCCACCCCUCCACAGGGAAGCACCAGGCCCUCCAUUUUUCACCUAGGAAGCACCAGACCCUCCAUCCAGGGAAGCACCAGGGAAGCACCCACCCCACCACCACCCAGGAAGCACAGACCCUCCUUCUUCAACUGAGGGAAGCACCAGACCACCACCACCCAGGAAGCACCAGACCACCCAUAUCCACCCAGGGAGGCCCUCCAUCUCCACCCAGGGAAGCACCAGGCCCUCCAUCACCACCCAGACCACCCAUCUCCAACCAGGGGCCCUCCAUAUCCACUCAGGAAGGGCCCACCAGACCACCCAUCUCCACCACACCAGGACCCUCCAAUCCACUCAGGGAAGCACCCCCUCCAUCUUCACCAGGGAAGCACCAGACCACCCAUAUCCACUCAGGAAGCACCAGGCCCUCCAUCUCCACCCAGGAAGAAGCACCAGGCCCUCCAUCCAUCUCACCCUGGGAAGCACCAGACCACCCAUCUCCACCAGGGAAGCACCAGGCCUCCAUCUCCACCCAGGGAAACACCAGACCUCCAUAUCCACUCAGGAAGCACCAGGCCCUCCAUAUCCACCUAGGGGCACCAGGCCCUCCAUCUUCACCUAGGGAAGCACCAGACCACCAUCUCCACCCAGGAAGCACCAGACCACCCAUAUCCACUCAGGGAAGCACCAGACCUCCAUCUCCACCCAGGGAAGCACAGACCCUCCAUAGUCACAGGAAGCACCAGGCCCUCCAUCUUCACCUAGGAAGCACCAGACCACCCAUCUCACCCAGGGAAGCACCAGACCCUCCAUAUCCACUCAGGGAAGCACCAGGCCCUCCAUCUUCACCUAGGGAAGCACCAGACCACCCAUAUCCACCAGGGAAGCACCAGGCCCUCCAUCUCCACCCAGGAAGCACCAGGCCCUCCAUAUCCACUCAGGAAGCACCAGGCCCUCCAUCUUCACCUAGGGAAGCACCAGACCACCCAUAUCCACUCCAGGAAGCACCAGACCCUCCAUCUCCACCCAGGGAAGCACCAGGCCACCACCACCCAGGGAAGCACCAGACCCUCCAUCUCCACCCAGGGAAGCACCAGACCCUCCAUCUCCACCCAGGAAGACCAGACCUCCAUCUCCACCCAGGGAAGCACCAGGCCCUCCAUCUUCACCUAGGGAAGCACCAGGCCCUCCAUCUCCACCUAAGGGAAGCACCAGGCCACCGCCACCACCCAGGGAAGCACCAGGCCACCCAUCAUCAUAAUCAUCACUGA